AUGGCUUUUGCUCCAAUCUCACCAUUAACUAUUGAUGGUUUACCAAAAUUUUUAUCGAUGACAUAUCAUCAUUUUAUUAAUUGGGCUAUUUAUACAUUUGUUGAAUUAGGUUUAGCUGAUCGAUUAAUUCAUGCUCAAUUAGAUACUGGUUUAACAAUAGAAGAAAUUGUUAAUAAUGAUAAACAAAAAUGGAAUAAUGAUUUACUUAAACGAAUAUUAAAUGUUUGUGUAUAUGGUGGAAUUGUUAAAUUGAUUAAUGAUGAUAAACAUUUUAUUUUAACUGAAUCUGGUCAAAUGAUGACAUCAGAUCAUCCAUCACAUGUUCGAGAUCUUAUUCGUUUUAUGUUUGGAUCAGUACUUACUAAUGCAAGUUUACAAUUUCAUAAAAUUGUCUAUAAUCAAACUGAUGAUAAAGUUGAUAGUUUUGAUAUGUUUACAUUAUUAAAUAAAUGUAAUGAUAAAGAAUUUUUAUCAAUUUAUAAUGGUGCUAUGACAACAAUGUCAAUAGAAGCAGGUAUUAAAUUAGUUGAUGGUAUUGAUUUUAGUCGAUUUAAAACUAUAGUUGAUCUUGGAGGAAAUCGUGGAACAUUUUUAGCACAAAUUCUUAAAAAAUAUUCAAAUAUUCAAUAUGGAAUUGUUUUCGAUUUAUCUCCAAUUAUUAAUGAAGUUAAUAAUGGUGAAGAAUUUAUAUCACGUGAAGUAUCUAAUGAUAAAUGGGGUUUUAUUUCUGGUGAUAUGCUUGAUUUCGCAACUAUUCCAUUAGCCGAUGCAUAUAUACUUAAACAUAUUUUACAUGGUUUUAACGAUAAUAAAUGUUUAAAAGUUUUAUCAUCAAUUCGUCAAGCAAAUGAAAAUAAAAAAAAUUCAUUAAUAACAAUAUUUAUUGUUGAACAUAUUAUUUUCCCAGAAGGUGCUACAAGUAAUUGGCAAACAUACGGACUUGAUAUGGCUAUGGCCAUUCUAACUGAUAAUGCAAGAGAAAGAACACAAUAUGAAUAUGAAGAUUUAUUAAAUAAAACUGGAUGGAAAUUUAUUAAAUUAUAUCCUAUUCAAGCACCUAAUUCAGUUAUUGAAGCUCAAUUUUAUUGUUAA